AUGGUUACACCCACGAAUCGCGAUUCCGCAGCUGCGGAGUGCACUUGGAAGGCGGCCCUAUAACACAAACAGUGGUGGUGGCAAAGGAGAAAGACCGAGAAGGAGGUUCAGACACCCAAACCCACUGACCACUUGAACUGUUGACCCCUCAAAGUGCCUACACACACUUGCGGUGUGCUCCUCAUGACCAGAUUUCGCCUUCUUACUAUAAACCUCUCGGGGUUCCCAUUCCCCUGGUUUCGGGAUCGAGAUCCAUUCAUCCCCGUACAAGGGUUCUCCGACGUGGUUCCUUCUGAGUUGCGCUCAGCCGGUGGCACCGUUCUUUCAAUGCUUUUGUGGUCACUUGCAAAGUACCGUGCGGAAAGAGAUCCUGACGCGACACACCCAAUUAAACCAGCUACCAUAGUUUGAUUUCCAACGCCCCUGGCGCCUCCCGAACGGCCCGGUGGGAACAUAAAACCCGGUGACUUUUUCAAAGCGUUAAACAGCACGUCUCGAGCUGGCAUUCGGUAUUCGGCAAAUCCUCAUGCCGUGAAUCACGUUGUGGCCGAAACGCGUUCUCAAGGAGAGCCACUGACGUUUGCUGGCCUCUCAAGACAUUGACAACCGCGACGCGACAAGGGGUACACCAGCGGCUGUUCUCCCAUUUUGGCGACGUAGCCUCAUGAAUUUCUGGCGUGUCUGAGCUAAACGUUCAACGCCAUCAACCAGGAGAAUACGGCUGUCUCCUCGAUUCCUCUCAACGUUUCUUCGAUAGUCCGCGGGUAAGGGUUGGAGGGGGUUGAACCUGUUGCAUUUUCCACAUCAAGCCCUACAUUCUUUCCAAGCAGUUUAAGGUGUGCUUUCCUCUGCGGUUCCGGCAGAUUGGUUCUGAGGCCUGCUUGGUUCAGUCGCGCUGCGCCUUCUCCAUCGCAGAAAUAUCACCUUGUGCUCGGGAUUUUGAGGCUGGGCAUACGCCUACACGUACGGAAUCACAGAUGCUGGAUAAACAUGCAAGAGCGCGACCAAUCGACGUGUGGUCUGACUGAAUGCCCGCUUGAUAACUCCACUCACGGAAAGACGGCACACAAUAAAAAACUUCGGGCGUCUAAACGACGGAGGUAGUACAUGUGCCCAUGUUUUCCAACAGGAAAUCGCCAAUCCGAGUACGUCAGAGCCCAAACACGGUUGAACAGUUAGAUCAACACGCAGCCGUUGGACGCCGGACACCUGCGGCCUUCCAACGCCACCGAUAUGAAGCCCCUCCAAGAAUGACCUCUUGCGCUUGCCCAAAGGCCCAUGCAAGUUUCCUUUUCCUCGUUUUCUUCUCGGCUGUUUUUCUUAGCGAACAGGUCCGACGGCUGCUUGAAAUCGAAAUAACGCUCCCUUAGACAGAUGUACCCGGGGACGACAAGCAGAGCAAAACGGCAAGCUGUUCUGACAGCGCAUUUCCGUCCGACACCUAGGUAGGUUCUUCCUCACGCCUGCCGGGCUGAGUGACCGUUCGUGUUUUGCAUCCAGAGGAGAUACAACUGUGCUGGCGAGUUUGUGGCAAAGGGUACUGAAUCACAAAUGCGGAUACACGAGCACGAGUGUGCGAUGAAUCGUCGUUUGCUUUGCCCGAACGCCCGCUCGACAAUACCGCCCGCGAAGGAGGGUGGGCAUGAACAGGCUUGGGGCAUACAAACGACGGAGGUAGACUAGUACAUGUACCAAUACACGGACGGACUUACGUUGUCGACCGAAGACCUUUGCAAGUAGCAAACGAUAGUCAGUCGCAGAUGAAGCAAGUCUUCACCGCCGUACCAGUUGUGUAACCGUAACCCGUUGUGUUUCGGGGUCAAAGAAAGUCAUGCAACUCGUUGCUGUCAACAAGUUCGGAUAGUGCAAUACGUAGUGCUUGUGGUUCCCACAUUUUCCAGAUCCGUGUGUUGGAGCAGUGCUCGCCCGAGGGCGCGCAAGUGAUGGUUAAUGCAAAAUAUGACAGAAUGCCUUGACGGUUGAGUGUUAGAGAUUGCAUAUCCGAGGGACGGUCAGAGCCCGGUCUGUCGCUCCAACGACGUGCACAAGCAUAGAAGCUCAAGCCAGAGAUGCAGGCAUGUCG